CUCCUCCUCCUUACCCUCUGUUUCCUUUUCUUUGCUUUUUUUUUUCACUCUUCCUUUAUCUCUCACACUCCUGUUACUCCUUCUACUCUCUCUUCCUUUUCUUCUUUCAAUCUUUGUAUCUGUGUUCCUUCCUCACUCUUCCCUAUUACUCCACACCUUCUCUAUGUCACCCACUCUCUCUCUCUGUCCUUACCCAACUCCCAGUGACACUCUCUGUGUAUAUCUGUGAAAAUGGCGGCAGCUCAGUAAAAACAACAACUUCCCGUGCUGGUGUAGAACGGAUCUGGGGGAAACAGAUCAGCGGCGAAAACGAGCGGAAACUCCUUACAACAAUAUAUAAACGCCGAAAGCAAUAAUAUUAACAAUUUCACAGAUUAAUUGUUAACGUUUAUAAUAUAUUUUAAUGUAGAUUUCCCCUAUAGAAGGUAUUAAAAUAAGAUAGAAAAUGAGGCUUCUGAAACCAAGCUGGGUAACAUUGGAUGAUAAACCAAUAUUUUCUAUUGAUAUUCAUCCAGAUGGGUCUCGAUUUGCCACAGGUGGUCAAGGUGACGAUUGUGGUAAAGUUGUUAUUUGGAACAUGGCACCAGUUAGAGAUGAAAUAUCUGAGAAAAAUGAUGCUGUACCAAAAAUAUUAUGUCAAAUGGAUAAUCACUUAGGUUGUGUUAACUGUGUCCGUUGGUCUCAUAAUGGCCGACAUUUAGCUUCUGGUGCAGAUGACAAAUUAGUUAUGAUCUGGCAAACAAGCAGGUAUGGUGGCCCAUCAACAGUGUUUGGAAGUGGAGGAAAAAUGGUAAAUAUUGAACAGUGGAGGCCAGUAUUUACACUUCGAGGACAUUCUGGAGAUGUACUUGACUUGGCUUGGUCACCACAUGAUGCCUGGUUAGCCACAUGUAGUGUUGACAACACUGUUGUUGUAUGGAAUGCUGUGAAAUUUCCAGAACAGAUCUGUGUUUUAAAAGGUCACUCUGGUUUGGUAAAAGGUGUUACCUGGGAUCCAGUUGGAAAAUAUCUUGCAUCCCAAUCUGAUGAUAAAACUCUCAGGAUCUGGCGUACUGUUGACUGGCAACAAGAAGCUGUUGUUAAGGAACCAUUUGAAGAGUGCUCAGCUACCACACAUAUUCUCCGACUGAAUUGGUCACCUGAUGGUCACUACAUAGUUUCAGCUCAUGCAAUGAACAACUCAGGACCUACAGCACAAAUAAUCGAGCGUGAAGGGUGGCGAACAUCAAUGGAUUUUGUUGGUCACCGAAAAGCUAUUACUGUAGUUCGUUUUAAUCCCAACAUUCUAUCUAUGAAAGUUAAAAAGGAAUUAGAUAAGCCUCAACAAUACACAUGCUGUGCCAUUGGUAGUCGUGAUAGAUCACUUUCAAUAUGGCUGACUGCUUUAAAACGGCCAUUAGUUGUCACACAUGAUUUAUUUACAAACUCAAUUUUGGAUAUAUCAUGGAGUAAAUGUGGUAUGGAAUUACUUUGUUGUUCAUGGGAUGGAACCAUUGCGUUUAUUGACUUCACUGCUGAAGAAAUUGGACGUCCACUAUCUCUACAAGAAGUGAGUAGCAUUCACGAAAGAAUCUAUGGAAAGAGCUUGGCACUGGCUAAUAUCAAUAACUCUGGCUCUCAAAUCAUUGAAAGUGGUGCACUGCUAAAUCUUGCUCGACAGCAAGAGGCCCGGGAGGCUGCCCAUCGUGCGGCAGUGAGAGCUAAUCGGCUUCUAGUAAAUGGAAAAACUCCGUUUAAGGAGAGAGAAUUGGACACCGUAUUUGAGCCCACCGAUAAGCAAAUAGAAACACGAACUGCAGAUGGAAGACGAAGAAUUACUCCAAUAUAUCUUGCUCCUCAACCUGACAUGAGUCAGGGCUGUGAUAAUGGUGAAAUGAUGAUGCCUUUUGAUAGCCAAAACUGCUCAAACAGUGAACCCCGAAAGAUAACUGUUGAUACUUCCUCAAGUGACCUUCCAGCUCCAUACUCCGAUAAAAAUAUAACUUUUACCUCUUCAACUGAACAAAGCCGAAUUGUAAUUGAAAGACAAGACCGUGUGACUGGUCCAGGAUUGAACCAAUCAGCAGUGAAAACUGAAUCUGACCAAUCAUCUUCAGCACCGACAUCUGUUGCUUUGGCAGGGAGUUGUAUACCACAAGUUAAAGCUGGUUCUCCGGUACCUGAUUCUGAAGCACCAAAUGCUCCAGCUAGUGGUAAUAAUGGAGAUAGUCCUGCUGCUACAAAUGGCACACCAUCAACACAGCCCAUCACAGCAUUAGGGGCCAACAGAAUUCCUCUCAAAGUUAAAGAUAAAUUCAAUGAAAAAAUUACUGCCAAAGUUAAAGCUGUUAUGGAAAGGGAGAUGGUGGAGAAAAAGAAGUUAUUUCCUGGAGACAGGUUAACUCCAUCAUCAUCAUGCUUAGAAGAAAAGAAAAAUAGAUUAAAAUCCACACUUCCAGUGAAACGAAAAUUUGAGGGAGGUGGUCGUGUUGGUAGACCUCGUAAAUACCCAUUAUUAAAUUCAGCUUCAUCACAAUCACCGAACUCACCUGCUGGUAAAGAAGAAUUAGGACAUCGCCUUUCAACUGACACUGAUCUUCAUUUACCUUUAAUAACUAUACAGAAAUCAUUUAGUAAACAGAUUGGAGGACGCCUUUCAGAUCACAACACCACAGUCAUUGAAGUUGACAACAGCAUACACUUUGGUCCUACUACAGUACACCGUGUACGGUUACAGCGAGGUGGUACGUCAUGCUGGGAACAGUUACUUCCCUCUCGUGCAGUCUGUGUUGCUGGUUCUAGUCACGUUGCUUGUGUUGCAUGUGAAGAUUGUUCCAUUACAUUUUUCUCUACUGGUGGACGGAAAAUGUUUCCAAGCCUUAUUCUGAAUUCACGAGUCUCUGUUCUGGAUUGCAAUGGUCCGUAUGUUAUGGCAAUCACCCAGAAAGGGCGUUUGUAUGUAUGGAAUCUCUCUCAAAAAUGUUCUGUAAUCAGUAAUGAAAAUCUUAACAUUAUCAUGAAUGAAAUGGAUCUCAUUGAAAAAGCCCAAGUCAGUCAAAAAGGGAUACCAAUAAUUUCUCUAUCCAACAACCGAACAUAUACAUUCUCUUCUGAAUUUGGAAGCUGGGUUUGGAUUACUAGUAAAGUUGAUCCUUUACAACGACAUUCUGAUCAUUAUAAUUGCACACCAGCCUUUGAAACAAUUUCUUCGGAUGGUGCCUUGUCUUCAUUACAGUCAACACAAGAACGAUCCGGUACUCAGGCUACACGUAUGUAUCAGUCAUCGAUGCCUUCAUCAAGUGGAUCAUCUGGUGCAAAUGUGCAGCAGUGUGCUACAUUAACUCACUUAUGCAACCAGUUAGCAGCAUGUCUAGCAUUGCAGUCAGGUUCAGAAUAUCGGUUUUGGCUUCUGACCUAUGUCAGAUAUUUGGCACAAGAAGGUAAAUUUCAGUUUCAUUACGUUUGUUUGUUUAAUUUUACUUUUUUAUUUUCUUUUACUUGUUUCAGUCAUUUGUCUGCGGCCAUGCUGGAGCACUGCCUUGAAGGGUUUUAGUGGAACAAAUCAACC